AUGCUGAAAUUCAUAGCGCGGAAGAUUAUGGAGGUGGUUAACACCGUGCCGGAAGCUGUGCUUGAACGCGGGAUUCCAGACUUUAUAAUGAGUGAGACUGUUACGCACCAGCUCGAAUCCUUCAAUUGGGUUGCAAUCGCAGUGCUGGCCUUGAAAGAACCCAAGUUGCUGGAAAUAUGGGGGCGCAAAAGUUGUAUUUGCCGAAAGUUGUGAAAAGCCUUUUGCUGUAGUCAAAAAAAUGCGUAUAGCCUGCCACUAUUGAAUACCUAACGGGGCUGCUAGCUUACUGACGGCGCCUCUCAGGAGCUAAAGAGGAAAAUCUCCGCGCUGCUGCUCCGCGGACUUGCCUCUGAUCGCCCCGAAAGGCUGGAGGUGCUUCAGCACGGCCUCAUGCAGUCCAGCGGCUAGGCAAUGCGUUUCACUUUCAAUCUGUACAAGCCGGCCGGAGUGGAGGGCGCACAUGUAAACGGCCGCGGCUGCGUUUCCGCUUGGCCCUACUGCCUCGCAGCUGUGCGCGCGUGUGUCGGCACUUGCGCGCGCUCUUUGACCCUUUUGGAGAGGGGCCGGUAGGGCCAUCGCGAUUCGAAGAAAAACUGGCCGGCUCGCUUUUUUUCUAGGGUUCCGGGCGGCCCUCCGGCCGCCCCUCUUUGGGAGGGUUCCGGAAAGGCCUGCGCGGCUAACGAAUGUGCGCGGAACCCGCUAGAGACGACAACGCCAGGGCCUGCGUAGGUAUCUCGCGGGGCGCCCGCAGCUUCUAGGCCUUGAUCCAUGCCAUGGCGACAAGCAUCUGCAGCAAGAGCGCGACCAGGGAACCGAGGCAACAUAUUGCGAGCGCCCAGCGCUUUUGCAAUAAAACACUAACCACAAAACGACCCGCAGCGCCCCGGCGCCCCCCCCGCGUCAGUCUUGCUUCUCUUAGCCCUUAGCGCAUUUUUGCUUUUGGGAACAAACAAGCUGGCGAAAACAAACGGCGCGCAAGCCAGCCCCCCGCCCUUGUCCGUGCGCACUUUGCCAAGCUAGGCGCCGCGGAAAAAUGCGCGCAGAAAGUUUUUCACGGCGUGCGACUUUUGCGACGCGAUGCAAGAGCUGGACGAGCAGCGGCGCGGCCGACGGGCAGCCGGCUGCACCAUUGCCACUCGCUACGAGAUGGGACACAUUUGUCAGCGACCAUCUGGACCCGUCGAAGGUAGCGCCCGUCGUCGUCGACGAUCUGGCAGCGAAUUCGCUUGCGCUUUCCGUGGAAGCCGCGCUGUGCCAUGUGAUUGGAGACAGCUUUCUAAUUUUGCUCAAGGAUUUUGGAGUAGCGGAUCUGAUGGCGAUCAUCACUCUAGCGCGGCCACUGGUGCGUCGGUUCGCAGAAGAGGUGGGCUGGCAAUUCUUUGGCGCUUUGUACAAGAUGAAAGUCGGUCAGGCCGGCCUGCAGCCAGGACUCGUCGGCGGCGCUCGGAGCGCGAUCACCACGAGCGUCAAGGCAUGGAUGGAGUCACAGCGCUUCGGAGUCUACGUCCACAACGUCAAAAACGCGGGCGCCGGAGUAUAGAUACAAUGAACGCCCUGCACCGAUCAGGAGGAGUCAAGUCGACCCACAGCCGCCGAGGGACCUCCAGGAGACGCCUAGUAGCCUACUAAGUAAGGAAGCGCUUGCCCUUUAUUUCAUCAUCGAACCGAGGAGGGGCGCCAUCGAUAACCCCUCACAGUUUCGACGAUGGUGGGCCGGCAAUGGUUGCGCCCCCCCGAGGCGCCCGGCAUUGUAAGUUCUGGCGAUCCAUCUGGCGCGCCCAAAAAAACCGCGCGCGAGGCCAGAGGCGCGCAAUCGCAUGGCCUGGCCGCGCGCGGUGUUGAUGGUGGCGUUUUUUUGCGGCCGCCCGCGGAUUUCUUCUUUUUUCCCCCGGGCCACCAGCCUGCGAAGCUUCGCGGGAAGGGCGCGGCGCCUUCCGAAACAUGUCGGGCAAAGAAGAUAGAGCGAAUCAGGCCCGUGAAGCCGGCCGGCGGGGUGUUGGCCCGCGGGGGCAGGGCAGGCCCCCAGCCUGCGGAGGCCCGCGGAAAGGGUGUGGCGCCUUCCAAAAAACGUCGGGCGAAGAAGAUAGAGCGCAUCCGGUCCGUGAAGCCGGCCCGCCAGGGCAGGGCAGGGCAGGGCAGGGCAGGGCAGGGCAGGGCAGGGCAGGGCAGGGCAGGGCAGGGCAGGGCAGGGCAGGGCAGGGCAGGGCAGGCGCGCGGGCAGCGGUUGACCUUCACGCCGAGCCCCGCCCUCUUACUUGCUGCCCUUGUGUGGUUACCCCUCGGCCCACGUGCUCUCGUUGUGCCUUGUGUUGCUCUGAAAGAAUGCGUGGCCUUCGUUGCCCGCCCGGGCCGGUGGCUCUCCCGCCUAACCUUGGCCCAUGGGCUUGCCGACCUACCUUCACGCCGGUGAAUUCUCAUCCUGAGCAAAAACACCCCCGCCCCAGAGUCCCAGCGAGAAGCACGGCGCGGAUUCGGUUACCAAAUCCAAAAAGAAGCAAGGGCGCGCGCAUUUUGUGGGCUCCAUAGAUAGCAUGCGGAGAAGAUUCCAGCCGCCUCCCAAUGCCGACCAUGGCGCGGCGGACGGCUACCAAAAAGCUUCGGACAAUGCAAACUCUUGCGAUUUCAGUAGUGUGCUGGUGCGCAGACAAGCGGCCGGCAGGGUGCUCCAUAGAUGGGCAGCGCCCCUCUUCGUUUUGUCGACGUUGACAGAGGAACUCCGCCAGUUCCUUGGCUAUUAGACCGUUACACGACCAGCAACCGAGCGCAGAGGCUCGGGCGGGCUGAACGCGUUGCGCCUUGUGUGUAGAGUGGGGCCAGGUCGUGACUCCGGUCCUUUUUAGUUGCGUUCAGUCCCUGCGCGCUCCUUGGAGACUGCGCUUCUUGAAACACGGGCCAGGUGCUGUCAGGCUUGGCUCUAAAUCAGGCCACUUUCCUUGUGAUCGUCGCCGUCGGAUGUAAGUCGUUGGGCGGCAUGGGCACCUAGAUUCGUUGCGAUUCUUCGCCAGUUCGUGUGGUUUGGAAUGAUUUCGCGGGCCGCCGGGCUCGAUUUCUUGAUCUGCCUUGCAUUGGCUAAAAACGGCGAGCCCCGAGGGCGCCAUGGCUGCCCCCGGGGUUCCGCAAAUUAUGCCAAUCCCCCUGGUAUGGCCCCCCUCGCAUGAUCAGCCAGAACCCGCGGGGCCGAGCGACCGUAGCAGCGCCAUGCCGCCGGGAGUUGGGCCCCCUGUCGCCCUCGGGGGGCCCCUAGCGUGCGGCCUCGGGCGCGCCCUUUUUCAUUUUGCGAAAGCAGGCAGCUUCAUGGGCCAGAAGAUAACUAACAGCGAACCCCGGCGCCACGGCCGCCCUCUGGGUUCCGGCCGGCUGGCAAUUAUGCACAUCCGCAUGCUAUUGCCCCCCGUGCUGUAUCACACACCCAUACCCCGCCGGGCCUUGGCCGCGCCAUACCAACCUUCCGGACUGAAGUCCCCUCCCUUCCUCGAGGGAGGCCCAUGGUGUGCGGCUUCGGGCGCGUUUUUUCUUUUUUGCGAAGGCCGGCAGCCUCGAGGGCUGGCAUAAUUCGCGGGGCCCCUUGCGUGGCCAGGCCGCCGGGGCUCGCAGUCCAUUUUCUAAGCACUCAAGAAAUUGGCGAAGAUGAAGAUCUCAACUGUCAGAAAAAGCGAAGGGGGCGCGGCACUAUGACGCACCCCGGCCGACCGAUUGUCUGCGACCGAGCGUGCCAGAAUGCCACUGCAGUCGGAAGGAUUUGCAUCGCUUCAAGCUUUUCAGUAACCGCCGCGCCAUUGUCGGAAUAAAUUGGGCAACGGCUGUCAUUCUAAUCCGCAUGCCAUGAGGGCCACAAAUUGCGCGCAUUCUUUUUUUGGAUUUGGUAACCAGGCCGACGCCAAUCCCCUCGACGCAGCUCUGGGGCGGGGCUGUUUUUGCUCAGGAUAGUGCCUGUGCCUGUUUUUCGAUCGUUGAAUGGGGCCAGUCGCUGAGGCCCUGCCUCGGCAAAUCGUUGAGGCCUCCCAGGCCGCUGGGGUGCACUCGUUGAGAUGCAGCCGCUGGGAUUUCAAUUUCUGUAUAACAACCGACAAUAAGUAAUCCUAAGCGGCAGGGCGGUUGGAUAGAGAAACGGCGGCAAGCUUUCGCAGUGUCGAGUGAGAAGGAUUGCGCACACUUUGCGCUUGGGCACGUUUGUGGAGUCCAACUCCAAGUCUGUAGUCGAGUGCAUCAUGUACGAAGACACGUGGCAACGUGAUGCAGUACUGCAGGCGGGGGAUAUCGCAGCACAUGCAUACAACAGCAAGAAAUGCCCUGCGCUCAAGCAUCACGAGCAGCCAAACCGAUCCACAGCCCCAUGGAUGCGCAUCUUCGUCAAGUGCCUUAUAUAGAAUACCACGCAAGCAAAAGCACCCACGCCGGCACCUCGGCGAAUUACUGACAUGGCUGACCUUUUUAUCCGGCCCUUGAAUAUGUGAGCUCACAGGCUGAAGAAUCAAUAGAGUUCUGGUUUGUGUGACAAGGAAACAGCUCGGGCCUAGCGAAGCGGCCCGGGCAGGCGGCGCAGGAACACAAGGCGGAUUUUUAUAAAUUGAUGCGUCCUACUUCUCGCCUGGCGUUGCCCGUGUUGUUCUGGUCCCGGGAAGCCCUUAAACUCGCGGCCAAGUUUCAUCGCGGUUGUAGGUCUCUCAGUUUCCCAGAAAUUUUUCUCCCACCUUGCCCGCCCUCAGUCGUGCUUCGCGGGUUUGUUGUCGAGACAAAACCCUUAUCCAGCGGGGUGCGGUCUGGCGACCUGCGUUCGCCAGCUAGGCCCGUUGUUGUUUCCGACGGAUCAACUUAUAAAAUGUAGAACUACAUAAACAGAUUCGCACUCUGCCACCUCCUACUUGGUCAGUGUGUUCAUUCUUGGACUGCAGAAGGACUCCUCGACAAGGUGCAGAGCUACUUCGAGGACGAGAAGCGGGUCGCUCCGAUUGCUGCGCCCCGCCAACGCGCGACGGGCCCACGCCCCCCCGAAACGGCGCCAGAUCUGGCGAAGAAGACCGGCCGCGCGCGCCAGCCCCCAGCCCACGCGACGCGUCCAAAGAUGAAGCCGAGGCUGCGAGGAGCCUCGUUUAUUCAAGAAAGCGUCGAAGUUGGCGAUCGGAUCGAAAACUACUUCGGAGUGACGGAAGACGCAGAGGUUGAAGGCUCCGCGCACCAAACAGCUGACCUGCUUUUGCCAGGUGGUCCGCUACACUACAAUACCACGGCAGACAUAGAGCGCGGAGCGUUCCUACAGUUGUCACAGGAGCAGCAUGUCGGGCGUUCAUUUUUUCUUGCGGAAGAAACCGUAAAAAAAGUCACGGAAUUUUUUAACGACGGCCGCAGUGUUCUCGUAAAAACAAUCACGUCGCUUUUUAUGGGCUCUUUUGUCAGCAAGUUUGUGCCGACGACUGCCAUCCUGGACCUCCUGCAUGACAUCGACGCGAUGCUCCGGCACUGUGCGGCCGAAGCGGCUGUUUCCUCAGUGAUAACCGCGGUCGUUGAGCAGAGGGAUGUGGAUUUCAGUCCGCACGAGGUUGCGGCUCUCACGCACGUCUUGUCACAAGAAUUUCACGGCGAUGCAGAAUUCUGGAAACAGGCCCGCUGGUUCCGCUUGCCAGACGAACUCGUCAGUGACCAACUUCAGGGGAUUGAGGAAACAGUGGGUGCUGUUCUGCCGAGUCUGCACGAAUUCAUAACAAUGAAGGACUUCAACGGGGAGGCCAUCACGAAGGCCAUCGAGGAUGCCAUCACGAAGGGUGUUGAGGAAGUAGAUAAAUUGAUCAAGCGCCUCAAGGACAAGAUCGCCAGCCACGGGCACGGGAACGACAACCGAGCCAGCUAUCUUGAGCUUCGCGACCAGGGCUCCCGUCCGAGUGCAUUUGCGCAAGCAGCACCAUCGCCGGAUCGUGCUGCCAGGUACGCGAAAAAGGCGCUCCGAACACGGGCUUCCACGGCCAUGCCAGCAGGGCCGGCGGCUGCGCUGAAGAGUUUGCCCGGCCACGACCUCGAGGUUGAUUGGACCGGAGAGUUUUCCGACCCUACACCGUUCGAGGAGUACACGCACGAAGGGCACCUCGCGACAGCGUUGGCGAAGCAACUAUGCGUCGCGAAUAUAAAGUCAGGGUCAGAGCAGGUAGCUAAAGCACAGACAUUGACAGUUCCGCUUGUGUGGGGAAGCAAGGUUCAACCACGCAGACAGACGCUAUUAAGUAAGUUUUUGUUUGCGCCGCGAUAGCUAGACUCCAAAAUGAUAGAAGGAGUGAGUCCUCGCACAUGGACAGGCGAAGCGUUAGAGUCGAACAGAUUCAACUCAUCAGGUCGCACCAUGAAAAUUUCUGAAGUCGCAAUUUAUUACCAGCUUCCCGCACAUUCGCGCCAGCAGACUUUUGAGGUCCAUUACCGCUCCUCCUGUGUUGAACAUGAGCCGCUUUCUGCCUGACGAUGACGCCUCUUCGCAAUGCAUAGCAAGGCAUCGAGUCGAGCCCCGAGCCUGAGAGUACGAGCCAACUCAGCGAAUUACCUUCGCCGGACGAACCCGAAGCCCCCCCGCUUACAGAACACGCGGCGGACCGCCACGCCGGAAAUCGCGAGCUUUCCCGAAGCGACGCUGAGUUGCCCGCGCGGAUGCCAGACAAGGUUUCUGGGAGCCCGGAUGCCGGCGCACGGAAUCAGGAGAAAGCUGACGUCGAGACGGUCGAAACACCGGUGCCACAACCACAAAAAUGA